CAUUACACUCCCGCGGAAUUCCCAAGGCUCCAUUUUCUUGCAACAGACGCGGCGCUUCCCUCAGUCGCUCCAUGGGUGCGACGAACCUCUAUUUUGUUUCUCCGCCGUGCUCUGUGCUCCCCACAACAACGCAUCGCCGCAUCAUUUCGACAGCCACAGGCCUCGCUAGUGGCAGCCGGCGCAUCGAAUUCGGAUCUGUUGACCUUCGUCGAGCGGCUGCACGCCACGCCGUAAGGCCACUCUCGAGCGCAUCAGAUUCGCCGCUCGCCCGUUCGGCUCCAUCCGCGCGCGCCAUGGGUGGAGCGGAUGACUCGACGGCGACCGACGCUGCGACAGGCCAGGAAAGCCGACGACACGCGCAAAGUCGUCGCUUCGCGAUUCUGCUCGCUGGCCAUAGCAGCCCGUACUCCCAGCAGCGCUACGGCGACUACAACGGCAUGUUCCUCGCGCUGCUGGGGGGGAAUGGCGCGCGCGGUGACGCGGACAAGGGGGGAAAAGGAGGGGGAGCGGAGGAGGGGGGGGAGGAUGCGGGGGGCGGGGAGGGCGAGCAGUGGGACGUGUACGCCGUGGUGGACGGGGAGUUCCCCAGCGACGAGGUCCUGGCGGAGGUGGAGGCGGUGGUGGUGACAGGCAGCAAACACGACGCCCAUGCGGACGACCCCUGGGUCGUGCGUCUGUGCGCCGUGCUGCAGCGCCUGCACCAACGCAAGACCAAGAUCCUCGGAGUGUGCUUCGGCCACCAGGUGGUGGGUCGAGCUCUAGGGGGUCGAACAGGGAGGGCCGCUGUGGGCUGGGAGCUGGGGAUUAAGCAGGUGCAGUGCUCUGCUGACGUGACGUCGCUGCCGUAUGCUGCUGGCCUGCCGCCAUCCUUCCAUAUUCUGGAGAUCCAUCAGGAUCAGGUGCUAGAGCUGCCCCCUGGAGCUGUGCUUCUGGGGUCUUCCCCUGGCACGCCCAUUGAGAUGUUUGCCAUGGGGGAGCACGUCCUCUGCAUGCAGGGACACCCCGAGUUCACCAAAGACGUUGUGGAAGACCUGGUGGUCAAUAGAACCAAGGAUGGCGUCAUUCCUGAGGCUGUGGCAGCUGAAGCCCUGAAGUCUUUGGAGAUGUACAACGAGAAUAUAAAAGAGCUUAGGACCUUGUGCAACUCAUUUUUAAGAUCAUAACGCGUUAUCUAUAUUCGCUAUCCAUGUUCGGUGUAGGCCUUCAGCCCAUCAACGCGUAUAUUGAAAUCCGCCGGG